AAUUAUAUUUUACAUUCAGAAGCCAGCAAUCUACUCCUCCGAACACCGCUUUGCCUCCCAUCGCAGCUUCCUUCAGACCAGGCACAUUGUGUAACGCCCAAGUCAACCGCAACGUCGUCUAACAAUGAAAGUUUUCAGAGUCAAUGGUGCAGGAGAUAUUUGUAACAUCUGCAGUACAAUAUAACAGAGACCUGUGUUUCAAUCUUACACAAGAAAAUGGAAUGCUUUUAUAUUGGUUACUGACCAAUUGUACGUCCUUAUUUCAUAUUAUCUCCUCUCACAUGCGACUAACGAUAAGAUUGUUUAUUACCUCACGAGGAAUGUCACGUUUACCGAAAGAUAAAAAAUCGAUGGUCUUGCAAAACAUUAACCAUGGCAUGUAUGAGGGAAAGUAGCUGAUAUUAAUCUCCGCAGGCCAGACAAUAUUUCGCUAUUGUACCACAUCUGCUUGGAUAAUACAGCGUCAUGUUAGGAAAAAUGGCUUCGAUAGAGUUCAUCUAAUGUCAAGAAAUUGAAAAAGAAGGGGAGGUAAACGAUACAGUGCAGAUUAUCCAGAUUUCCUCAAGGAUGAAGGGAACUGGACAACGUCGCAGCCUGUGUCAAGCAUUACCGAGUAUGCAGGCAUUGAGCUUGACAUUCGACCCUUUUAGAUUUUGGGAAACUGCCAUCGAAUCAAGAUCGACUAGCCUCAAUGUUAAUUAUUGCCACGAUGCACAGACGAGUGGCUGCCGGCCAGUUUUGUGAUGCCAGUUCGCAGCAGUAAGCGAGUAACGCCCGAUGGAAACACACCUGUGUGCUUUGCGGGUCUGCAUUGUAAAAACAAUUUUCGAAAUUGUACCCUAACACUCCGUGGUGGAUAUAGUGAUAAAAACUUGUUAGUUCUAAACCAGUGACAUUUUAUUUCCCAAUAAUUUGUCUGGUGAAUUUAUCUGUUUCGACAUACUAAACAGCGCACAUCUUGCGUUGCGAAUGAAAAUUCUUCAAUUUUUGGAUGUGCCUUCAAGCUCCUUUGUACCACAAACAUGAAAAAAUCAACCAAAUUAAAACACUGUGCUCGUGAUUAACAACGGCUAAUCGGUGUUUGCUCUGAUUCGCACACUUAACAAACAAAAAAAUAAAAACAAAAGAAAAGCACGCUACAAGUGGAUGCAGUCGAGAUGUAAAGCAUGAGCGCUCUUAUAGAUUACUCUUCGUAAUUUCUAGAAAUUAGUUGGCGAAUCUUUGGGACCAUUCCAAUGCCGCGGAACGACCCGCUACAAUGACAGAGUGAAGUAGACCCGACAUUUUUCGAAGGGUCAUAUAUUAGUUUUAUCGUGUGCCUAUACCAUCACGAUUUCAAAAGCGAUGUGUUCUGAAAAAAGGUCGCAGAUUGAAACCGCAAGAGAAACAAUGUAAAUUGCUGUUAGCAUGUAAAAUGAGGCCUCGAAUAUUCAGGGCGCAAAAAUCUGCACAUCGACGUGACUGCGAAUGGUUUGUGAUGAUGUGGAAAAGACGCGGCGAUUAUACGGGGCGAUCCAUUGCUUCGAUUACAUAUUUGUCAGCCAUCCCCUAAUCCAGUGAGUUAUGUUCAUCCUGGGACGUGCGAAAUGAGCCGAAGCGUUACGAAAAAGAUGUUCAAGGUUGCGAGGACAAAGACAGUCUGAAACGGGGUAGCAAGUGAAGGGUAUUGCAUAAUGACGGUCUCGUAUCAAUAUGAAGUUGCAAGCUCAACUAGCGGGGGUUUCACCAGGCUGCUGCUUAUGUGGCGUGGAUCACUGUACAAACUGAUCUACAGGGAACUUCUACUCUUCCUGGUACUCUUCGCCAUUCUUUCAACCCUUUACCGCAACGUAUUUACCGCCACCCAAAAAAGAGAUUUUGAACAAAUCGUGGUAUACUGUGACACUUUCAUCAGCUUGAUUCCUCUGAGUUUUGUGCUCGGAUUUUACGUAUCGUACGUCGCUGGUCGGUGGUGGGAACAAUACAUGGCCAUACCUUGGCCUGAUAAAGUGAUGCAUUCCGUGGCGCUUUAUGUGACUGGUAAUGACGAGUAUGGACGUGUACUGAGGAGGUCCUUAAUGCGGUACCUAAAUCUCUCCUUGAUUCUGGUCCUCCGUUCAAUCAGCUCAGCUGUUAAAAGGCGUUUUCCAACCCUCGACCACGUCGUCGAUUCAGGUUUUAUGACUGCUUUGGAACUAGAACUGUUCCAAUCCGUACCCAGUGUGGAGUUCAACACUUACUGGAUACCAUGCACGUGGUUUAUCAAUUUACUAAAGGAAGCACGUCAUAGCCAACGGUUGACGGAUUCGCAGGGGCUGAAGAUAAUAAUGGAGGAAUUUAACGAAUUUCGGUCCAAAUGCGGUCUUCUAUGGAGCUACGACUGGGUGUCGAUUCCAUUGGUGUACACCCAAGUCGUUACUUUGGCGACGUACAGCUUCUUCGCAAUUGCUCUCGUUGGUCGUCAGUACAUAGAAGGAGCUAAAAAGCCGUUCCAAAUGCAAGUCGACAUCUACCUGCCACUUUUCACGAUUUUGCAGUUCUUCUUCUUCAUGGGAUUGCUCAAGGUUGCCGAGCAACUGAUCAAUCCUUUCGGAGAUGAUGAUGAGGACUUUGAGUUGAACUGGCUGAUCGACAGGCAUACAAAGGUUUCCUAUUUGGGUGUUGAUACUUUGAUGAUGAGAUGUCCACCGCUGGUUAAAGAUAUUUACUUCGACACCGAGGACUUGACGCUUCCGUACACUGAAGCAUCGGUUCCUUAUAAGAAGAAAACGUACCGUGGAAGUGUUGCCAAUAUGACGGUACCGGAAGAAAAACAAACCAUGUUUUUACCCGACAUUUCCGAAGAACUUGAAGAGACCGGAGCGACGUUACCAACGCCGCGUGCGUCAUCAGCGAGCCUAGCUACUCAUGCGACUGAUAGUCCACUCAAUAACAGGCGCCAGAUCAGCGAGUCCCCUCCAGCUACUCCGCGAUUACCUCGAAACCUUUCUGAAACCAUUAUCCAGUUUGGUGAGGCUUCGAUCGAAUCGGAAAGAGAACACCGAACGAUAGCAGACGCUGUGAAAAAGCUCGCGUCAAAGUCCCUCUACAACGUUACGCCUCAGGCGGCGAAAAAAUCGUUUUUUGGCACUGGAAAGGUCACGGCGAAUCUCCAGCCGUGGCCAAGCGCCACGAACAUUGCGCGGUACAACGCACAAAAUGCCGGAGACAUGCAGCUUUCCGCAAUGCCCGUGCCUGCGACAGAGACCAUAGACGUUAAUUAUACUCCACAGAGAAAAAGUUCUCUCAAGGUGAAGCAGUGCCCCCAUUAUAACGGGGGCGAGCAAUCUGUGCCCGUUGAACAAGUUCGGAACGCCGUGCAAUGCGGUGUGCAGGGCAUUGUUAACACGGCGUUUUCCCAAGAGCGAUUGUCGCCUAGUAGCUACAAGAAGAGGGAGGAAAAUAGUACCAACUGCAGUUGGGAUAGUGCUCAUGAUGAGAACCGUUUGGAAACGUGUCAAAAACAUUCGUGCGUACGUCGCAAAAACUUUUGCCAACACAACACGCGCUCGCGGCCUCCUUUGCGAACGCAUAACUCUCCCAAGUAUCUUGUUCGACGGCACAAGUCGAUGGGGAGCGGUAAGAAAAAGGGUGUUCGGUGGAAAUCUGUCGUUGACGAUACAGGUGAGCCGACCAAUCGGAGGAAAACCAUCGGCAGCGUUCCAACUGCUCAGAUAAUCAUUGCCCAGACAGCUGCAAGCACGCCGAAUCUCUGUGCUUUAAACGAAAAUUAUAACUCCUGCCAGCGGAGAAACAGGGAUUCGGACACCUCGAGUGCUGAUUGCUCCUUGGAGUGUCCUUCAGGCGAUGAUAAUCAGGCCCACAAAACUCAGUGCAAAACGUCGUCGGACAAAAUUUUUCAUAUAUCCGAAAACUAGUCGGGUAAUUUUGGUUUCCAGGCUAUCUGUAUAAGUAAAUGUGCAACGUUCUGAUGUCUUCCAAAUGUAAAACGGUACACGAUAGCAGGACUAAUUAGUUGAUAGGGAGUAAAAUGUAUAGGUAUAAAAGACAAUCGAUUACACUCUGCAAUUUUAUGAAGAAUUUAUACGAAUGUAUGGAAAAUCAAAGGGGUGAAAUUGACUCUGUUUUUCAAUAGUAUACUUAAUAUUAUAGAUUUGCAAGAAUGUAUCUUAUAUGCAGAAUGUGAGAGUAAAAUAUAAUAAGGGAUAUUUUUACAGUGA